AAAGCAAAGAAGCUAAAAAAAAAGCAGUCAGGCAGGAGUCAGACGUGGUUGUAUGGUUGUUGUAUAGUUAAGUGCAAAUUUUGGAUAUUCCAUUAGAGUUAUUUUGCAAAUCUGUCUCUAAACGGUGCAAAUAUUCUACAAAAUUGUGGAGAAACCCGAUUUCACCGGCUAUCAGCACCACCGAAUCGACUCAGUGAAUUCUGCUGCUCCCGUGCCGCUGUGAGUACCCGCUGAGCGAGUCCCUGCUCUGAAAGAGAGAAACCUUUCCGAAAGCAGCCGUCGUUGUUUGAUAGUAUUGGACCUGGGAGGGGUGGAGUGUGCAAAGGAAGCAAAGCAAAGGCAGCCCCAAAAAGUUGUCCAUAUCGGGCCAAUCCCAUCGCCGUCAUCGGUUCGAGCUAGAGCGUUUUGCUUGUUUCGGUGUGCGAUAGUUUUCAACGGUACCUCUAUUCCGGUGUCUUGUUUUUUCCCGGACCGCAAAGUUACGAUUUGAUAAAAAUUUCUUGUUGAAACUUUUAUUGGAAAAACGUAGUGAUUGAAAGAAAACGAAAAACAGCAUUCCGUGCGUUUGACAGAAAACAAAGAACAAUCGUGGUGAAUCAUUCCGUGAAAUUACUAUUGGUGGUGUUUGUGGUGACCUUUCCGAGUUCUGGUCCCUCUGAUUCGCUUGCCCAAAACCAGAAGAGUCGCUCGCUGUGUACAGCAGUAUCUGUCUGUCGGAAGAUAGUGAAACCAGCCAAGCAUAACAAGGAAACCGAUAACAUCAGCUUUUGUGUCAAAAAUGGCAGAUGGUGAGGAAGUCCUAAGCGACCAGGAGAAGAUUCGAAUCGUUAAUGAUUUCAUCCUGCAUGCCCCACCCGGCGAAUUUAAUGAGGUCUUCAACGAUGUUCGCGAAUUGCUGAGUGACGACAAGCUGCUGAAGGAGGGGGCGAGCGUAGCCUGUGCCCAGUACAACAAGGAUCAGCUCACACCGGUCAUUCUCGAGGGUUCCGAGCUAGCCGUCUUGGUGACAGAGUACAAUGAUCUGGGUGGAGGCCGUUUUUUUGACCCACGAUCGAAACAAAGCUUCAAAUUUGACCACCUGAGGAAAGAAGCGUCCGACUUGCAGAACAGCGACGGCGAUCUCACCUCAGAACAGUGGCGUGCAAUGCUGGACAUUGAAGCGCUCACGUACAGUGCAAAUCACUACCGCAACGGGUCAUGUUCCGUGUUUGGGCGCACCAACAACGGGCAAAUCACCCUACACGUUUGCAUCGAAGAUCACCAGUUCCAGCCGAAAAACUUUUGGAACGGUCGGUGGCGCUCCGUGUGGUCCAUCAGUUUCCCGGUGUCCGGCGGUGGAACGGCCGAGCUAAAGGGAUCGCUCAAGCUGCAGGUACACUACUACGAGGACGGAAACGUGCAGCUGGUUUCGUCGAAGGAGUUCCGGGAGCAGGUAGUCAUCACAAACGAAGCCAGCACUGCUAAAGAAAUCAUCCGACUGAUCGAGGAAAGCGAACAUGACUACCAGGCGGCAAUAUCGGAGAACUAUCAGACCAUGUCAGACACGACGUUCAAGGCCCUGCGGAGACAACUGCCGGUAACCAGAACGAAAAUCGAUUGGAGUAAGAUAGUGUCGUACAGUAUCGGUAAGGAACUGAAAACGCAGUAAAGUGAGACAGAGCUCCUAGUUUACGGUCAGAUAGAAAGGGUUUGUUGCUCUGUGUGUGUAUGUGUGCGUGUCUGUUUGUGUGCCUCGUUGAUGAAAAAACGUCAAAUCGUGGUCGUGAAUGUGCAGAGCUCACAAUAAUUGUGCAAACUGAAACGGCAAUUAUACCAGAUUAUUAUAACAAAUUCAACAAAACAAUUUCAAAAUUUAGAACUUGCAAACAUCGGAUUAGCAUUGUUUUUUUACAAAUAAAAAUCACGAAAUCCCAA